GAAGAUGCGCUCCAAGACACCCCCGCCCCUGUUGCUGCCGCUGCUGCUGCUGCUGCCAGCCCUGGAGCCCAGGGCGCGGGGCUGCCCAUCCGGCUGCCAGUGCAACCAGCCACAGACAGUCUUCUGCACCGCCCGCCAGGGGACCACCGUGCCUCUCGACGUGCCGCCCGACACAGUGGGCCUGUACAUCUUUGAGAACGGCAUCACCACACUCGACGCGGGCAGCUUUGCCGGCCUGCCGGGCCUGCAGCUCCUGGACCUGUCACAGAACCAGAUUGCCAGCCUGCCUGGUGGGGUCUUCCAGCCACUGGUCAACCUCAGCAACCUGGACCUGACUGCCAAUAGGCUUCGGGAAAUCACCAACGAGACCUUCCGUGGCCUGCGGCGCCUGGAGCGCCUCUACCUGGGCAAGAACCGCAUCCGCCACAUCCAGCCUGGUGCCUUUGACGCGCUCGACCACCUACUGGAGCUCAAGCUGCAGGACAACGAGCUGCGGGCGCUGCCCCCGCUGCACCUGCCGCGCCUGCUGCUGCUUGACCUCAGCCACAACAGCCUCCCAGCCCUGGAGCCCGGCAUCCUGGACACCGCCAACGUGGAGGCGCUGCGGCUGGCCGGCCUGGGGCUGCAGCGGCUGGACGAGGGGCUCUUUGGCCGCCUGCGCAACCUCCAUGACCUGGACGUGGCCGACAACCAGCUGGAGCUCGCACCACCCGCCAUCCGGGGCCUGCGGGGCCUGACGCGCCUGCGGCUGGCGGGCAACACCCGCAUUGCCCAGCUGCGGCCCGAGGACCUGGCCGGCCUGGCAGCCCUGCAGGAGCUGGACCUGAGCAACCUGAGCCUGCAGGCCCUGCCGCACGAGCUCUCGGUCCUCUUCCCCCGCCUGCGGCUCCUGGCAGCUGCCCGCAACCCCUUCAACUGCGUGUGCCCCCUGAGCUGGUUCGGCCCCUGGGUGCGGGAGAGCCGUGUGGCGCUGGCCAGCCCCGAGGAGACACGCUGCCACUUUCCACCCAAGAAUGCCGGCCGGCUGCUCCUGGACCUUGACUACGCCGACUUUGGCUGCCCGGCCACCACCACCACGGCCACGGUGCCCACUAUGAGGCCCACGGUGUGGGCGCCCACAGCCCCACCUUCCAGCAUGGCUCCCACCUGGCUCAGCCCCACGGAGCCGACCACUGAGGCCCUGAGCCGACUGCCCCCCGCCCCGCCCACCAUGGGUCCUGCCCCCCAGCCCCGGGACUGCCCGGCAUCCAUCUGCCUCAGUGGGGGCACCUGCCACCUGGGGGCGCGGGGCCACCUGGAGUGCCUGUGUCCUGAGGGCUUCACGGGCCUGUACUGUGAGAGCCGGGUGAGGCCAGGGCCAAGGCCCAGCCCUGCCCCGGCCACGAUGCAGCCACCCCAGCCCCUGCCCCUUGGCAUUGAGCCCGCUAGCCCCACCUCCCUGCGGGUGGGACUGCAGCGCUACCUGCAGGGCAGCACCGUGCAGCUCAGGAGCCUCCGCCUCACCUACCGCAACCUGUCAGGUCCUGACAAACGGCCGGUGACACUGCGGCUGCCGGCCUCACUCGCAGAGUACACGGUCACCCAGCUGCGGCCCAACGCCACCUACUCUAUCUGCGUCCGGCCCCUGGGGGCCGGGAGGGUGCCUGAGAGCGAGGAGGCCUGUGGGGAGGCCCGCACACCCCCGGCAGUCCGCUCCAACCACGCCCCAGUCACCCAGGCCCAAGAGGGCAACCUGCCACUCCUGAUUGCGCCUGCCCUGGCCGCCGUGCUCCUGGCCGUGCUGGCUGCUGUGGGGGCGGCCUUCUGUGUGCGGCGGGGGCGGGCCGCGGCAGCUGUGGCUCAGGGCAAAGGGCAAGUGGGGCCAGGGGCCGGGCCCCUGGAGCUGGAGGGGGUGAAGGCCCCCUUGGAGCCAGGCCCCAAGGCGACUGAGGGUGGUGGGGAGGCCCCGCCUGGCGGGCCUGAGUGUGAGGUGCCGCUCAUGGGCUACUCGGGGCCCAGCCCCCAAGGGCCCCUCCCAGCUAAGCCCUACAUCUAA